AUGGGAUCGACAUACACUAGGGUAUUGGUGGGUGAUUUGUAUCAGGGAAAAUCAGAUGGUUUUGAGUUGAUUAUGUUCUCGCAGUAUCUCCAAAUCAACACCACGGGGAUGGACAUCGCGGUCUCAGUUAUCUUACUGUUUGCGGCCAUUGCAGUUAUGGUGUCACUUCAUGUUUGUAUAGCGGGGAGUGCAUUCAGGAGGGGUGGUUUUGACAAUCCUGCUGAUAUUGUUGGCCGACUGAGUGGCAGCAGAAGGCCAAACAUGUCUUCAGAUGACAUUGGAAAACUGUCUUCUUUUGAUUAUAAGCUGGAGGAGAAGAGAAGAAAGAGCAGUCAUAUGGAAUGUGCUAUUUGUUUGGAGUGUUUCAAGGAAGGGGAAAUGUGCAGGUUGCUGCCUAAUUGCCAGCACAGUUUCCAUGCUCAAUGUAUCGAUUCAUGGUUGUUGAAAGUAGCUAUUUGUCCAGUUUGCCGAGCCGAUGCAAAUCUAGUAAACACUGAGGAGCAAAGUAGAAAUCCAGGAGAAGUCGGAGUUGACUCGGUGUAG